AUGAAAAGACAGACGGCUUUCCAUAAUUGGUUCACGAAGAUGCAAGAACUCCAGGGCGCCCAAUUGGCCACCGAAUGGCGGGUGGCCUGUGGGCUGCAAGUCAGAGGCUGCAAGCCUCGUUUGCAGAAGUCUGCGAUGGCAGCACUGGAAGUGAUUACAGGGGUGGCCUUGCCGGCCGAUUAUGUGCUGGAUCUUCUUCCCGGCAAUGAUGAAUGUAUUGUGAAGGUCAGAAACCACCAGGUGGACCUUGCAAGCCUCAAGACUUUCCUCGACUACACCGGAGUCCGCAUGUCUAAAGUGGCAUGGUUCAUCUUCCGAGCACCAGCUCACGACACCUUCCAGGACGAGAUUCGAUAUGGCCGGCUGCACAAGCGACUCAUUCAUCGGCUGGCACAGCUGGCCGAGGGCCAGUCGCCAACCAGCUCUGUUGUACACCUAGCAGUUUAUCCUGAGUACAUGUCACACUGUGGUUUCGUUUUUAUACCGAACUGCUCCAGGGAUGGGCGGCGAGCCCGUGGUGAGCCGAAGCUCCAGAAUGUGCUGGCAAUCGAGCGAUUCAUGACGAGAGGCGGGGGUUUUGUCAGCUCCACACAAGAUAGCAGCCUGGAGUCUUUGGAGUUGGGUGGAAUCCUCCCCGCGAACUACCACAGGACAGCUUCGGAUUUUGUCUACAGACAUAUUCGAAAAACUGGCGAGAUGCUGUCCAAGGAGAUGGCAAAGCAGUCGCUCAAGAGCUUGGCUUUUCUGUGCGACGUUUGGCUCCCUGUCGUCUCUGCGAAUCAGUUUGCAUCUGUGGCAACUUUGCAGAAGCUGUCGGCUUUGCUGCCAAGCACAGUUGCUGCUUCGGAGAAGAUGAGAAUCGCUCAAGAAGUGGCCGACUCGACUACACAGCUGCUGGUGGCGGAUCGCCGCACCAAGGACCAUAAACCCAAAAUGCCCAGAAUCAUCAGCAGCAUUCACCAAGAGAAGCUCACCGCCAGAGAGCACAUCCGAGCCGUGGCCAAUGUCCUGAAUCACGUGGGGAUAUCGCUGGAUGAUGUAUUUCCCAAGAACCCGCUGAAGCCUCUGAACCCAUCUUCUGAGAUUUCUACGACUUACACCCUGAGCGAGAAGACGAUGCCUUUCAUUACGUCUUUUGAAGACGGGGGUUCGAGAUGGGAUGUCCCAGAUGCUGACUCCCCUCACAUUCGAUUGAUCGUGUGCCCCGACGAGGGAAGCCCAAUGUUCAGCAGCUAUGUCUUCCUGGCCACCCGGAAUGCUUCCAUCAAUUUGUGUCGCGAUGAGCUGCACAAAUUGAGCCAGUACUGCCUGCGAGUUCUGGCAUCCUCGCCCAUGAUGAAGCGAAUGAGUGUGCUCACUUCGUGGCUUUACAAAUGCCGCAAGAGCCCCUGGAAAACCCACGGGAUCGGCAGCACUCUCUGUGCUGCUGGCAAGCGAUAUCUUGACGUGGCGGCACCUGAUGAUGUUCUGCAGCAGCUCUUCGGCCACCACAUCCUUGUUGAGAACGACAUCAUCCCCGAGUGCGACGAGAAGGUGAAUUUCGAUCGGGUUUCGGAGAUUCUGGGGAAGCUUUGCAGGACAGCUUUGUUGGGUACGGGCAACAACCCCUUUGCAGUGCUGGACACAGCGGGCCAAGCUGACCCGGAGAAAUCGUGGGACAAAGUACUCGAUUUGUGCAUCAAGGCUUUAUGUGAUGAGCAGAUCCACAUCCUCUGGAAGUUCACCCGCGAUCUGAUGCAACCCUUCCGCGACUUGUGCAUCGAGCUUGUUCUGAAGGAGCAGUUGACUGGCUUCCUGAGCUGUUGUCACGAACUCCAGGAGUACGUGCUUUACCUUCGGAGUUUUCCAUGUCGGGCUGCCGCUUAUUGCUCAACCGAAGCAACAUCGGAAACUCGGGAUGAAAUUCUGAAGGCUGCUGAGGAAGAGUACGACAUGAUCCGGGAAAUCGAGGCCACACCUUCCGGCUCCAGUGUGCUCAAGCAGCAUGCUCUGCACACCACGUUUCAGGUGUACCGGGAGAUCAUGGCAACCAUGCAGCUGCACCAGUUCAAGGAUUGCAAGGCAAUAGAGGACAUUGUGCAAGCAUGGUACCCUCGUUGGGGCCAGUCAUCCAGUUUGGAGCAGGUGUUUCGAGAGCUGGAGCAGGCUACGAAAAGGGUGGGUCAUGUGGGAAACUCGAUGUCGAACCUCUCCUGUGUGGCUGUGCGGGCUUUGGAAAGAAGGGUUUGCUCCGGCGAACAGUGUCCUGAGACGCCGUCCUUGUGCGAAAAGGACUGGGAGGGCCAGGUGGUACGCAGCCUCAAGGACAAGAUGUGGCAUCGCACUUCUGCUCCUGUCUGUAAGAACGUGAAAAUCGACGAGAUCGUAAAGCCUUUUACCACCAUGACGGCCUACUCUCAGACGCACCACAACUUCAACUGUGUUUUGGGGUGGAAGGAAGCGAAAAGGAUUGGCACGAGCCCCAUCGAUUCGAUCGGCGCCAUGUGGGUUGCUGGAUGCUUCGUGGCGGGAACACUCUUUCGGCAGCACGUGAUCCGUCUGCAAGAGAUUUCCUGGCAGUUUGCUGGCAAGCUGCCGCCUGAGAAGCUGGACGAGAGACGGAUGCCAAAGAUGAUGAAAGAAUUUAAAGAUCCUUUCCAGGAGCAGACAGACAGCACAAAGGCUCUCGUGAUGGAGAGUGGGCCGAGACACAGCUGA